UACGAGGUACAGUACCACGCGGGGGCUGGGGGCGGGGCUGGCCGCGCGCGCGCCAUGGAGGAGCUGGCGGUUGAAGUGCGGGGAUCGAACGGCGCCUUCUACAAGGCUUUUGUCAAGGAUGUUCAGGAAGAGAAGCUCACAGUGGCGUUCGAAAACAACUGGCAGCCGGAGCGUCAGGUCGCCUUCCAGGAUGCGCGUCUCCCUCCCCCGGCCGGCGACGAUGGGAGGGAGAUCACGGAGAACAGCGACGUGGAGGUUUUCUCGCGCGCGAACGAACAGGAGCCGUGUGGGUGGUGGCUGGCGCGGGUUCGCAUGAUCAAGGGUGACUUCUUCGUGAUCGAGUACGCGGUGUGCGAAGCGGCAUUCAGCGAGAUCGUGACGCUGGAGCGGCUGCGGCACCUCAACCCCAGCCAGCCGCUCACCGCCUCCACCUUCACCCGCGUGGAGAUCAGCGUGCCAGAGGACAUCCGCCACGCCUGUGAGAGCGAGGAGCUGCACAGGGACUUCCUGAAGGCUGUCGGUGCUCAAUCAGUGAGCUUCAACUCCACACAGGGCAGCCUCACCAUCCUGGCCAGGGAUGCAUCCGUGUCCAGGAGAGUGGACAUGCUGAGUGACAUUCACUUCCGAGGCAUCCGCACCAAACUCCUGCUCAAGACCAGCAACCAGGAGGCCAGCCGGCAACUCGAGGCGAGGCGCCGGCUGGCCAGGGCGUGUGUGCUGGAGCUGCGGGUGAGCGAGCACCUCCUGGGCCUCGCCGUCGGCGCCCACGAGGCCAACCUGGAGGCGGCGCGCGGCCUGGGCGGGGUCAGUGCUGUCGAGACGCAGCCCACAGGCUUCCGCAUCUACGGGGAGUCUCCGUAG